UGGCAUUUUAUCUGGUUUCACACACGACUCGUGAACCCUCUUGGUGUAUGCGUCGUUGAAACGCGACGAAAACAAAAGGAAGAAAUCGAAAACGCCAUUUUCACCGUUCUAGCCUGAUCUCCUCCCUCAUCGGAAAAUGGCCACUGGUGGAAAAGUCUCCUUCAAAGUCACUUUGACUUCGGACCCUAAGCUUCCUUUCAAAGUUUUCAGCGUUCCAGAGGGAGCUCCGUUCACGGCGGUUCUGAAAUUUGCAGCAGAGGAAUUCAAGGUUCCUCCGCAAACCAGCGCCAUCAUCACUAAUGAUGGGAUCGGGAUCAAUCCCCAACAAAGUGCAGGAAAUGUGUUCCUCAAGCAUGGCUCUGAGCUAAGACUGAUCCCGCGCGAUAGAGUUGGAUCUGCGUUUGUUAUGGAUCCAUGGUUGUUUUAAGCAAUGAGUAAAACUCAGUUCAUACCUUUUAAAAAACCAACAUAUUGAAAUGCCUAAUGUACAACUUUGCUCUUUGAAUAAAUAUGUACUGCUCACAUCCUCCUCCUUUUAGGGAUUAAAGGGAACUGGAUUUGGGUAAAGUUAUAUAUUUCUGGGUACAAUUCAUAUUCAUAUAUGCUUCAUAUGAUGUAUGUGCACUAUACAGAGUAUGCUUCUCUAUGAAUGCAAACUUGAAUGUCUGUGAGUCUCU